AUGGAUGUAUCAAACACUUCACUAGACGCUCUUCUACCCCAAUCUAACUUCACGCUUGGUCCCAGAAGGGCAAAACGAAACGAACUCAACGUUGCAAGAGCUGUGCUCGGCCAUUUGAGACACGACAACAUCACCGGGAUAAGCCUGCUCCAUGGCUUCCGGAGCGUCGCUAAGGUCGAGUCUGCAUACAGACAAUUGAACGCUGCGUGUGCCCACGAGGAAAGGAGUGUAGGAUAUGUCGACCACGUGAAUAACAAUUUGGAUUCAGUCAUUGCAAGAUUGAAACUUGGAGUAACAUUUGGUGGAGCAAUAUCUGGCGAGGGGCUUCUUAGCUCUGUUCAUGCGAUCAAGAGCGAUAUCAUGCAAAUGUUCAGCGUAAAGCUCUACAUGGCGGAGGACGCCGAAGAACAACAAAUGCUGGAUCUUCAAAUGGUCUUCGUGGGUAUCCGAUGGGUAUAUGGAUGCCAAAUUGUGAUUUUGAGGCGUCUGCCGAUUUCAUUGGCUCAUACCGGCUCUGCUUUCCGGAGUCAUCCUUACAAGUUGCGGGAAGAUGUUUUCAAGUGA